UCGCUGUCAUUUUGUUUGGCAUAAGUCAAAAGGCGUUGUUUAUUUUCAUAGCAGUCAGCUAAUUUGAUUGCGAUUAAAUUUAAUUGCAAAAAUCCUUUAUCCGCUGAUUAUCGGCUUGCAAGUGCGUUUUAAAGUCUUAACAAGCAGCUUUCCCAAUAUGGCGCUUCGAAAAGUAGUGACAACCGGAGUUUUGCAAAAAGGAACUACGGCGACGAUACCAAUGGGCUUUCCCCGGCCUAUGAAAUAUUGUCGACUGUGUUUAUCGGAGAACGUACAAAUGGUGGUACCGAAAGACAAGGAUACGUCCGAACACAUGUAUUCGAAAAUCAAGGAAUACCUUAACAUUAAGAUCGAUUCGGAAGGGCUGCAACAACCAUUGAUUUGCAAGCAAUGUCAUGAAAUCAUUGAAUCGUUCCAUCAGUUCCGAACGCGGUGCCAACGUUGCCAGGUCUAUUUGGAAAUGCGCACCUCGAUCAAUCCAGAUCGUAAGCAGUUGUUGCGCUACAAAGACAACUGGUAUUGGUUUUCCGGCUUAAUAAGUAACCUCAGCUCAGUUCGUUGGGGAUGUAGCGUGGUAUGUUGUCCGGCCUUUAUUACGUCGUACCCAUCGAAUGGGACAAUAUGCGAUGCCAACGCUAACCACCUGCACAAACAGAAGCUGGAGGAUGUAAAGUUGAUCUACUGCAAAGGCGAGUUGGUUUACGACGGCUUUCGCUUCAGCUUCGAAGUCAUCAACUCGAAUCGUACAUUGGCUUUUAGUUGUCGAAGUUUGUGUGAUCCACACCGGAAGUGUCCUGGUACAUUGACAACUAACGAUCGCAGCGAAGUUCUGUCCGCAACUGAACACAACCAUGAACGGGAGACUAUCGUGGAAACAGCGGUUUAUGAUACACCGUCCAGAUCAAAACGAGCUGCUACAUUGAUAAGAGGUUCGCAUGGCGAAAUGAUGCUCAUAGAUGGAUAUUGGUAUCAAUCAACAGGUGAUCAAGAAUCUAUUUCCCAAUGGCACUGUCUUCGGUACCAAUGCAGGACUAAACUGGUAAUGACAAAUGGGAAGAUAGAAAUAUUUGGUACUCAUAAUCAUGGAAAGGUAUGGCUGAAAUGGGGAGCUGCUUUUCAGAAAACGAAUGAAUUAAAAACACCUAUGAUGAUGAAAAUUAUCAACCCAUCUAUGGUGCAAAAUUAUAUAUCCAAACCUUUGCAGGCUUCACCUGAAGUGGUCGACAUAAACACACUUUUUCCGCCCCAAUUUGAUAACAGUACCGCUGGUAGAAAUAGCUUUGUACCGAUAGCUCAAAUGCCAGGAGCAUCCAUUUCUCUGGCGAACGUUUCAAGUAAUUCAGCACUGAGGAUUUCUCGGAGUGACUCAUUCACAUGCGUACCAGAUUCUGGUUUAAGAAUUGCGAAAGUUGUUGGUAACACAGCUGACAAAUCUUUCGAAAUAUUCCAAACUGAAAACAAUUCUUCAUCGGUGGAAUCUAUGGUAGAUUAUCAAAUGCCAAACUUGCAAACACCUGAAUUUUCAAAUGCUGAUAUACCGCAAACUACAAGAAUUAAAACGGAAACUGCAGAUAGCUCAGAUUUAGAUGUUGUCGCUCCAGUCUUCCAGCAGGAUAUUUCUACACAUGAUGCAGGAAUGGUGACUUCAGACAUCGGAUUCGAAUCAGAUGUUCCCCCUGGUGUAUCUCAAUUUGCACCACCUGUUUAUGCGAAAAUUCGUCCUAAUCACAAUAUUAAAAUAGUAAAAAAUCCAGCUAGUACCUUGAAUAUUUUCAAUGUCGUUUCUCUAAAUCAGUCUAUCGGCGAUAAUCUACAACCGACUGAGAUACCGAAAAUUGUCAAUGUAAUGUCUCUGAAUCAGCCAGACAAACCACAGCGCACAUAUUCCGCAACUUCAUUAAGAAAAGUUGCUCCAACACCAGUUGCUUUAGAAUCCGUAAAGAUUAAAAGCGAACCAAUGGAUAUCUGUCAGGUUAUAAACGAACCGGAAACAAUCACUGACGAAGUGUACACAUCUCCACCGAAGCAACAUCCGGCAACAACCAUAAAUGUACAGCUGCCUUCCACAUUUGGGCUGGAUGAGGAUGACCUCCAUGAUCUCGACGAUGACUACAUUCCACCAAUAGUACCGAUUGAUGACUACAUUCCACCAAUAGUACCGAUUGAUGUUUCAUCGAGAGAAACAAAAUCUUCCCCACCUCCAUUGAAAGUUCCUUCUAACUUUCGGAUACGACCGUUUCGAAAGGUUGAUCCAUCGAUAUUCAAGCAAGCGCAAACCGCACACCAGAAUCCCGAGACCAACGUCGAGCAAAAUGUCGGAUCUGAUAAGAGACCAGCCGAUAAAAAUGAGAAUACCGUGGCCAUCAAAAAGCAACGAAUCGAACUACAAACCGAUUUACGACCGCAGGCAAAGGCGCUUCUGGCGCCGAAAGAGCAGGAAAAAACUGUAGAAACCCCACCACCAAUUAAACAUACAGCCCCAGCAGUUGCGAACUCGUCGGACUCCAAAAACAAAACGGUACAGCUGGUAAAACUGCAAAAAUCCGAGCAGAUGCUUAAUUUCGAAGGACAUCUUUACAAGAUUAAGUGGUGUCACGAUCGGUCCAACUACUGGGAUUGCAUGUUGCGGGAACAAGUCAACUGUCCUGCCCUGCUGGAAACCAAAGGCUCGAAUUCUCGUUUCUGGGCCAAGUAUGGAGCUCACAAUCAUAAAAUUCCGAAACCAAUUGUCAACGACAGCACCGAUGGACGGUAUCAGAUGUAUACAGCGACAACCGGAGUUCCACCGGUUAAACGCUUACAAGCCCAAUCCAAACGGGUUGCGGAUAUCGAAGAGCAUGAGGGCAAAAUGGUGCUGCUAAACAAGCGCAAAGUAUACGGAUACCGCGUGAAGAAGGUUAACUCCACUUUGCGAUUGUACUUUGCCAACGAGGUGUACCAGAUCGAAGGAAUCGCUGAUCCAGGAUUCAAAUGGCGCUGCGUAUCUUGUUCAAAUCGACUAGAUAUCGAUGAACGUUUCAGCAUCGCUAAGGAAUUGACGGUCCACACGCACGACAAAUCGACAUCGGCUGCCAACGAAAACGGCGGCUCUGAGGAUCCUUUGGCGUCACCACCCCCCAAACCAAUUGCCAGCGUAAACGUUACCCAAAAUGCUUCCGCAGCAGACUAUGAGGAAGAAACAGAAGACUACCAAUUGGAGAAGAAUGAAGAUAAGGAUGUGGCCGACGAACAACAUCCCAAUGAUAAUCGAUCAGCGGAUGAUGCGAAGGGUGAAGAAAGCUCAACCAGUGUCAAAUCAGCAGACGAAGAUAGUAAUGAUGAUGAACCCAGUAUGAUACUGGACCCUUCCAGUGGAGAAUUUGUUCAUAGCAAAAAAAUAGCCGGUAAAAAUACUCAAGAACAACCGAAAGACAAAACCAAAGUUUUUGAAAACAAUGAUCAAACACUUAAUGAAAGUCAUGAAAGCAAACCCGAUAACAAACCUGAGGAAAGCGUUGUAUCAAAAUCCAGUGACGUUACCUCAUCAACCGAGAAACCCAAAAUUUUGAAUGAACCAGAAUUUUUGGGUUUUCCGGAUGCGAAAAAGAAUCGAGCACAAGUUAAACUGGAGAAACAGCAAAGUAUCUACAGACAAAUUUUAGACUCCGAUUGUGGUCGUAAUUUUGAAGUUUUACCGAAAGAAAAUGGGAUCUGUUUGAUCCGGUUCUCCAACUACACCUACCAACUGGACCAAUUGAAUGCUGGGAACAGUUCUUCGUGGAAGUGCUUUCUUCCUUCGCAAUAUGCUUGCCGCGGAAAAAUACAGCUCUCGGAAGAUUGUAAGGAAGUGACGAGCUCGGGUGUAGGGCACUUUCAUUCAUCCGAUUUUACCAGUAUGUUUGAUACACGUGCAGAACAAGAGCAAGGAGUUAUAAAAGAUGAUGAAACGGGACAAAAACGUAAUUACACUUUUUUCAAACGUUCUGAUAGUGUAUUUUUGCUGCGAUUGGACGACAACUAUCUGUACAGUUGUUUAAGCAUUUCCAAGAAUGGCACUAGCAUAUGGAGAUGUGCCUCCAGGCAAAGUUUCAACUGCAAAGCUACCAUUACAAUGCAGGGUGAUUUCAAAAUCAUGGAAAGAAACCGUUUCAGUCACUCGCACGACAUGAAAUCUGUGGACGGCGCCGAGGAACCCAAGGCUGAGGAAAAGCCACUAGAUGACGCUAACUCAGAAUCAUCGUCCCAGACUAGCGAUAAACGGAAGAGAAAGCGUCGAACUUUGUAAGCGUUCGCUGUUUAGGUUUAGCUGUGAUGUUUUAUUUUAUUACCCAUACUACUGAAAAUGGGCCCUAAGUUGUAAGUCGACUAUUGUUUCACAAUAAACUCGAUGGUAUGUCCAUCGAGUUUAGUGUAGACCAGUGUUAGAUGCGGAAUUUUAAAACAUUGAAAUGUAAAUACGAUAUUUGAUUGUCAUUAAAUUAAAAUAAAUAUCAAAC